AUGGCAACGCUGCUGGGACGCCAUUGCACCAUGCGGCUGCUUGCGGCCAUGGUCGUGCUGCUGGCAGCGCAUGCGCGGGCGGCCGAGGAGCGUUGUCCAUGCACUCCUAGGCCUCUGUGUCCGGGCCACUACGGCACAUCGCCGCUGGACGUGCUGCAGUUCGGCGUGCUGCGGCCCUGCCCACGCUUCGGCUACUUCCGCUGCUGCCGCCAGGGCGGCGCUGCCGGCGCGCUGCCCCGCCGCCGACGGCCGGCCGUGCACGUGGUGGAGGCCGACCGUGUCACCGACGCCGGGCAGAACGAAAUCAAUCCCCGAUCACCGUCAGCGUUUACAAUUCCACUUGAAGUAGAGGAAGACAAGACUGUUUUCAAUUCCGACCUAGUCCCUCUAAAGGACCUGAAAUUGAUAUUCCAAGACGUGAAUCAGGUAGACCAGCUAGCUAACUCAAAAACCUCAACUUUGGUUUUCGAAACGCGUCCAGAAGCACCCUUCGUGACGAGCCAAGAACAGGGGCCGACCUCGGAGCAGUAUGCUCGGGAUGUGCUUCAAGUCGAACAGGAAUCUGAGCCUGGGCCUUCUUUCGAUGAGGUCAGAAGAAAUGCGCUACGUAUCACGAAUGCCAAUAUCGAACACGCUUUAACCGUCGCCAAAGUCGACGAGGCGCUAUCUAUCGGUGACGCUACUGACAGCGAAGCGGUGUCUCCAGACAGCGAACACGUCGGCGGCCAACUGGAAAUCAUCAUUGCUGACACUGGCCAUGCCUCAGCUGAAGCCGCAGCCCACGCGGAGCCCCCUUCCGUGUCCGAUGUUCAAUCGAACGCCUUUGUCUUGGACCUGGACGCAGCAAGAGACAACCCGCGUCUCGUGGCAUUCCGCGUGCGGCCGCCCGCGCGCCCCUUCUCGGGCGUGUUGCGGCCGCCGUGUGGCUGCUACACGUGCGGCACGUGUCCGGCGUCAAACGUGGCGGCAGCGCGCACCACCCCACUGCCGUGCUUCGCCGGCUACGAGCCGUGCUGCUUCCCGGAGCAGCCCUGGCCCGACUUCGUGCCGAACGACUCCGACGUGGUGGCCCCAUGCACACCGCCCGGCGCCUGCACGCGGCCGUACCAUUCGUCGGUGCUGGAUGUGGUAGUGUUCGGCCCGCUGGAGAAGUGCUUCCUGGGUCAGGUGCGCUGCCUCGACCCGCUGCUGGUGGAGUACGGCAGCAGCGCCAGGGACUUCGACGUGCUCGGCUUCCUGCCGGCCUGCCCGCGCGGCCAGCGCCGCUGCCUCGACCACGUACUCAUGGUGUACUCGCGCUUCACUGAUGACGAGGAGGUGCUGACUGGCGGCUCGAACGCCUUCGUGAACAGCGGAUCCGUGACCGACGUCGAGCGGAUACCGGCGACGGGCGAGCGCUUCCCCGCGGAGACUGGCACUGUCACGGCGUCAGGCGGCUUCAGCGAGGCGUUCCGCGUCUGCAGCCAGCAUGUGAAGGACGGCGUCAGAGCCGCGGAGAAUGGCGAGGUCGCGGGCGCUGCUGCGGCAGGCGCAGGGGAUGACCUGUCGUCUGAGCCGGUCCAGUAUGGUGAGACGUCUGUCACCAGUGGCACCGAGAGUGGAGGAGAGUACACGAUGGAGAUGAAUGGACAGGGCGAAACGGUGAUCGUCACAGAAACAAACAAUCAACCAUCGAACCUCUCGGUGGCGCUGUCAUUUCGGGCGCUCCCGGUGGACUCCCGGUCACCACUCAGCAAGGGGGAGAAGCUGCGGGAGCUAUCACCUCUGGAGCGUAAGUGUUGA